CGAGGGUCCUCGCUGCAGGGGGAAGGUUGGAUGUAAACCCCAUGGGCUCACAGUCCCCAGCGUGUGUGUCCCGUGUCCCGUGUCCCAGCCAAGCCGAGGGACAACCGCAGCCCCGCCAGGGCUGUAAUUCCCAGGUUUAUAUAUAGAGGAGCCGCAGCCGGGGGCUAUAUAAGGGGCGGCCCCGCGCCGCUGCCGCAGCCGGGCUGGUGCAGCCGGAGAGCCGCGGGGUGCCCCUCACCGUGGCCAUGGACACCUCGUACCCGCGGGAGGACGAGCGCAAGCGGGAGCGGUCCCCGCUGCCCCGCGACCACCUCGUCUGGUCCAUCUUCAACACCAUCUACAUGAACUUCUGCUGCCUCGGCUUCGUGGCGCUCGCCUUCUCCGUCAAGGCGCGGGACCGGAGGGUGGCCGGGGACGUGGAGGCCGCCCGGCGCCUGAGCUCCAAGGCGCGGUGCUACAACGUGCUGGCCACGGCGUGCAGCCUGCUGCUGCCGCUGGUGCUGGCCGCGCUGGCCAUCACCGGCGUCAUCCACCUGGCCCAGCUCGCCCAGGACUCCGUCGGCUUCUUCACCUACCAGCUCAACGGCAGCGACGACGAGGACAAGUGAUGGGGGCGAAGGGCUUGUGGAGACCCCUUCGCGGGGCUGGUGC